AUGUUUUCCAAAACAGCACAGCCUGCCCGGACCCUGCUUCGCAGCGCUUCCGUGGCUCCCUCCGUCGGCCGCUCCAUGCCUGUGCGAUCCUUCGCCAGUGUCCAGUCCGAUAUCUUCAAGCCCACCAAGUAUGGGGGCAAGUACACCGUCACUCUCAUUCCCGGUGAUGGUAUUGGUACCGAGGUCGCCGAAUCUGUCAAGACCAUUUUCAAGGCCGACAACGUUCCUAUUGAGUGGGAGCAGGUCGAUGUUACCGGUGUUGAGACUGGUAACAAGCUCUCAGAAGAGCUUUUCCGGGAGUCCGUGGCUUCCCUCAAGCGCAACAAGCUCGGUCUGAAGGGUAUCCUCCACACCCCCGUCGAGCGAUCGGGUCACCAAUCCUUCAAUGUUGCUCUGCGCCAGGAGCUGGACAUCUACGCCUCGAUUUCCCUGAUCAAGAACAUCCCUGGCUAUGAGACCCGCCACAAGAACGUCGAUCUUUGCAUCAUCCGUGAGAACACUGAGGGAGAGUACUCCGGCCUGGAGCACCAGUCUGUGCAGGGUGUCGUUGAGUCCUUGAAGAUCAUCACCCGCGCCAAGUCCGAGCGUAUCGCCAAGUUCGCUUUUAGCUUCGCUCUCGCCAACAAUCGCAAGAAGGUUACCUGUAUCCAUAAGGCGAACAUCAUGAAGUUGGCCGACGGUCUUUUCCGCAGUACUUUCCACAAGGUCGCCGAAGAUUACCCCACCCUGGAGGUAAACGACAUGAUUGUGGACAACGCCUCCAUGCAGGCCGUUUCGCGCCCCCAACAGUUUGACGUUAUGGUCAUGCCCAACCUUUACGGAGGUAUCCUCUCCAACGUCGGUGCUGCCCUCGUUGGUGGCCCCGGUGUCGUCCCUGGCUGCAACAUGGGCCGUGAUGUUGCUCUUUUCGAGCCUGGCUGCCGUCACGUUGGUCUCGAUAUCAAGGGCAAAGACCAGGCUAACCCCAGUGCCUUGCUCCUUUCUGGCUCCAUGCUUCUCCGCCACCUCGGCCUCGAUGACCACGCAAACCGCAUCUCCAAGGCCGUCUAUGAUGUGAUUGGCGAGGGUCAAGUACGAACCCGCGACAUGGGUGGUCUCGCCAGCACCCAUGAGUUCACUCGUGCUGUUUUGGACAAGAUGGAGUCGGCUCUGUAA